AUGAAAACACCUGACAUGUGGAAGGUCCUCAGGAAGUUCUCUAUCCACAUUCUGCGGAACUUCGGGAUGGGAAAGAGGAGAGUUGAAGAGCGGAUCCUGGAGGAAGGCAGCUUCCGGUUGACGGAGCUGCAGAAAACCGCAGGGAAAAUGUGUCAGUACAACCUCUUUCCAAGCCUCCUGGACUGGGUGUCCAGGCUGCACAGACGCCUUUUCCUGAACUUCGGGCGCCUGAAGGACUUCAUCGCUCUUAGCGUCCGCGACCACCAGGCCUCCUUCGACCCCAACUCUCCCCGAGACUGCAUUGAUUGCUUCCUUACCAAGAUAGCACGGGAAAUGCAGGACCCGCUGAGCUACUUCCACAUAGAUACCCUGCUGAUGGCCACAUAAAACCUGCUCUUUGGCGGCACCCAGACCUUGGGCGCUACGCUGCGCUUCGCCUUCCUCGUGCUCAUGAAGUACCCAAAAGUUCAAGGUGCGCGCCAAGCCCGACCAACCCGCGUGGUGGGACGCGCGCGGCUGUGGGCACUGGGGGACCUAGUGGCCAUGCCUUAUAUAGAUGCGGUGAUACACGAGGUGCAGCGCUUCGCAGAUGUCCUCCCCAUGAACUUGCCGCACCGCGUCACUCAGGACACGAUCUUUAGCGGCUUCUUGAUACCUAAAGGAACGGAUAUCAUCACCCUCCUUAACACAGUCCACAACGACCCCACCCAAUUCCUGAAUCCCCAGGUAUUCAAUCCUGAGCACUUUCUGGAUGCAUCCUUCCAGACGAACCCUGCCGGCAUGCCCUUCCCAGCCGGACGCCGACUGUGCCUGGGCAAGUCGCUGGCGCGAAUGGAGCUCUUCCUCUACCUCACCGCCAUUCGGCAGAGCUUCUCGCUGCAACCGCUGGGAGCGCCCGAGAACAUCGACCUGACCCCGCUCAGCUCGCGUCUCGGCAAUUUGCCGCGGCCCUUCCAGCUGUGCGUGCGCGCGCUCUGA